AUGACGAGUCUGCGUAAACCCGCGCAUGCGCAAAGGGUUCGAUUUAGCGGCUGUACUUCCUGCUUGCUGUGUCCACUCGAAGCGAUGGCAGAAGUGAAGGCUUCCCUGAUUUGUGGAGUUAUAGCGGCUUUCCUAAGUUCAGCGGUGCUUGCAUUUGUUGAAGAUCUAGAUGACACAUUUAAAGACACCAGAGUGAACGACAUCUGGCUGGUUGAUUUCUAUGCACCGUGGUGCGGUUACUGUAAAAAACUGGAACCAGUAUGGUAUGAUGUGGGAGCUGAGCUGAGGAGCUCUGGGUCACCGGUCCGUGUGGGAAAGAUGGAUGCCACUGCUUACUCCGGAAUGGCGUCAGAGUUUGGUGUUCGUGGUUACCCUACGAUAAAACUGUUAAAGGGUGAUCUGGCCUAUAAUUACAAGGGACCAAGGACAAAAGACGAUAUCGUGGAAUUUGCCAACAGGGUGGCGGGACCGGCUGUCCGGGCGCUUCCCAGCAAGCAGAUGUUUGAGCACAUGAUGAAACGGCAUGAUGUGCUUUUUGUGUAUAUCGGCGGGGAGUCUCCCCUCAAAGAGAAGUACAAUGAUGUAGCCUCGGAGCUCAUUGUCUACACUUAUUUCUUCUCGGCUUCAGAAGAAGUCUUGCCAGAGUCAGUAACUUUGCCAGAGCUUCCUGCGGUUGUAGUCUUUAAGGACGGUGCCUACUUUACCUAUGAUGAGUAUGAGGACGGCAGUUUGUCAUCGUGGGUGAACAAGGAGCGAUUCCAAGGAUACCUUCAGAUUGAUGGCUUUACGCUAUACGAGCUUGGAGACACAGGCAAAUUGGUGGCGAUUGCAGUCAUCGAUGAGAAGGACCCCACAGAGGAGAGUGGCAGAUUAAAGACCUUGAUUCAGAGGGUGGCAAAGGAAUACAGAGAGCAUUUUAACAGAGACUUCCAGUUUGGCCACAUGGAUGGGAACGACUACAUUAACAGCCUCAUCAUGGGCGAGGUGACAGUGCCCUCCGUUAUCAUCCUCAACACAUCCAAUGAGCAGUACUUCCUGCCCAGUGAGCCGAUUGAGACCAUGGAGCAGCUGGUCCAAUUCAUCAGCGGUGUUUUGAACGGUUCUGCACAGGCAUACGGAGGUGACGGCAUCAUUCAGAGGAUCAAACGUGUGGCCUUUGAUGCCAGAUCCACCAUUAUGUCAGUGUUUCGCAGCUCUCCACUGCUGGGCUGCUUCCUGUUCGGCCUACCACUGGGUGUAAUUAGCCUGAUGUGCUAUGGCAUCUGCACAGCUGAGUCGGAUGACGGUUCGGAUGACAUAGACGCACUCAAGAGGGAGGGUCUGACUGACGAAGAGGAGGAAGAAGAGGAGGAGAGGCAACGCGCCGCUGAGCUGGAGGGCCCCGAAGAAGGAGAGAACGAGGAAGAGGAGCCAGAAGUAGGAGAGAAGGAUCCCGAAGAGAAGAAAACCGAUUAACACAGGGGCUCCCGCCGGAUAGAGGAUGAUAGGCCUAGUGAAAUGCAGUGACAUGAAACUCAAAGACAUAUCAAUGUAUUACUGUUCUGCUUCUUUGUUUUUCAUCUCACUUCCCCGUCAUGCCCCUCUAGCACAGACUGUUCUCCCAUCUUUGAGUUCUGUGUGUCAGUAUGUAAGGUCAGCCGCUCAGUGAAGCCAUCUGAAUCAUAUUUAAAUCUAACAGCCUUUUUAAUGCCGGAGUCUAAACACAUAAUGUUCAAGAGAAGAAGGGACGGCUGUGAACCAAACAUACCGCUUAUUUAUUAUGAUUCGACCAACCAGUGGUUUAUUCCAUGUGAUGUGUGACCUUUUCUCUGACAUUGUUAGAUAGUCGUUUUGUAACCACUUAAACACUCAAAUCCUAUCGUCUUUUCGUCAUUUUCCAAUCCUUCUGUUCUUCUGUUAGUUUUUUUGUGUUUCAAAUGUAAGAUAAUAGCCUACAAUAGUAGAAACAGGUCAAACUUGCCUUGAAACUGAAUAGAAUCUAAAUACUCUGAGACAUUUUGUUUACCUUUACCCCCCAACCCAAAGUGUAGGUUUAUCAUGUAUAGUAAUUGCCAUGUGUAGAAAGCAUAGGAAGUGCCCAAGAAGGAAAAUCUGCCAUAAAUUAAUUGUGCUUUUUGUAUUGUACGUCAUUGCCUGAAAAUAUUUCUUCUUGUUUUAGGGGUGCAAAGUGCCGAGACAGUCAUGCAUUUCAACUUAUUUCCCAUGCCAGCUGCCUGUUAGUAUCUAUUUAUGUCGAGAGUCGGAGAGUUGAUGAAAAAAGCUGGAUUGGUAAUUGGUAUCAGUCUUGUCUGAUAGUACAAUAUGGCAAAUGCACAAUUUUAACAACCUGCUAAAAAUUCCUCGUGUAGAUGGGUUCUACCUGUAUAGCAGACACCCAUAACAUGCAUCAGUAACUCCUGCUGCAUUUAACAACUUGUAUUCCUCAGAUAGACUGGCUCUGUCUGUUUCCAUAUUUCAAUCUGUCCUCCAUCAUCGGUUGCUAUAUUGAAUUCAGUCAGCAAGAUGUUUACAUCCAGGUCCGCUGAGAUACACACUGAGCGUACAGAAUAUUAGGACAGUCUUCCUACUACUGAGUUUCACCACGUUUCCAGCACAGUUCACUAUGUUAAGUUGUUUUAAGGUUUAAAAGUCCAUUUUUUAUCCUAUUCUCUUACCCUUGUGACUGAACUUUAUAUAAUAGCUGAAAUCAAGCAAAGGUUUUGGCUUCCUCCUGAAUUCACCCAACCAGCCACUUCAUGAAAAGAGCAAGUAUUCCUAAUAUCUGCUACAACCAGUGUAAUACCAUUUUUAUGAGAAACGCACAGUACACUCCAACCGGUUGGAUUUGUAGUAGCCCAGUGAUGCUUUGUGGAGACAGUUUAAUCAUGGCUGAAACAUAUUAUAUUAUCUUUUGUCGCUGUCUUUAAAACUGAAGAUUUGCGACUACAUAAUGGUAAAAUAAAAGGUAGAGUUAGACAAAACAUCCUUAGUUAACCCAAAUUAUCCUUUUAAUGAUGUCCGACAUAUUUUUUAACAUAGAAACAUGAGAGGCUCCUGGAUAAUGUUAUGAUCCUAGAAGUUAAUGUUAUGGCCACCAGUUUUAAUCAUUUAAACUUAAUUUCUAAGAGAUCAUGUGUUUUCCCAUGAGUCUCUGUCACAAUUUCUAAGGAGAAUAAGCCAGUCAGUGGUGAGAAUUUAGAGCUGUAGCAAAUUUAAAAACUUUGUUGUUGCAGUUGAGAACAAAAAGCCAGCCCCAUGUAGCUGAAUUUAUCCCAAACUGACCCAGAAUUCAAAAGCGAAUUGAUAUGAACUGCAGAUUAUUGUUUAAAGUUUUCUCAACAGCAUAAUCUUUAGCUUCCACCUGCCGUUAGCGGUACACGUAGCAGAAUUUUAAGCUGUGUCUGGAUCAUACCUGUGACGUUUUCUCAAAGAACCAGAUAUUUUCUGACACACUUGUUAAUCUUUUGCACUGAUGAUUCAAGCAGGAGAGAUUCAUGAGCAUCCAAGCCAUAAAAGUGCUCCAACUAUUAAGUCACCUUACAUUGCCUACGGAGAAAAUCAUUCCUAAUGCCUGAAAUAGCUCUUCACACUUCUCACCGUUUUUCCAGCUGAGCCCCGCCUACAUUAAACCAGUGACAAGGCUUCAGAGAAAAAAAAAAGAAAUACAGAAACUUCUCACGUAAUAUCACCAUGAUGGUUACACAUUUGGCAGUCAUGCAGAACCCCAUUGCUCAUAGUGAGAAGCUCAUUAGGAAGAUAUUAAAUUCAAACGGGUACAAUGGAUUAAUUCUUGCUCUGUAUCUUUUUUUUUUUUUUUAUUCAUCCAAAACAUUCAUGCAUUUAUAUUGUGUCUAACGCACAGAGCCGCAAAGAAAAUUAGAAGAAAUUAAAAGAAAUGUAAAGUUUGAAAUGAGAAAUGAAUGUCAAGCUUUCUGAAAACUGCAAACAGCCAACGGGCAUAAAACUUUACUUUGGGAACAGUAGUUUAACAAAGUAAUCUUACCAGCUUUUUCCUGAGCUUUCAACCGCAAUUCACUGACCAACUCCCGGACUACUGAGCAAACAAAGUGGACCCUUAAUUACAAUGAUAUUUUCAAUGAAUGUUUUAAGCUGUUUAUGUUGUGUAAAGAUAACCCCAAUCCUUAUCCCCAAUCUGUAACCUUUAAAAAAAAAAAAAAAAAAAAAGUGUAGCUGAGUAAUAAGAUGGCUUCGGGUUUUGUUGUUGAUUUUUAUUGUGCGUUUGUAGCUCAGUAAAUCUCGUACCUUGAUCAACUUAGGCACCUCAACCUAAGCACACCUGUUGUUUUUACAUACAGAGGUAAUCUGUAUUAUUACUGUGAAACUGCACUAAAGGAAACCAUGCCCUCGCCUUGCCUUCUGGUCUUUGUAGUUGCCUACCAUUCUCUGCCAAACUUCCUCUUUGGGUUUGAAUUGAGAUUGUCACACUUUAUUACAGGUUUGAAAGAUUGAAAUAAAGAUUGUCCUCUUUUU